AUGAUGAUGAGAAUGAUGAUCCAUUAUGGGGGAGCCUCCACAGGACAAAGUUUCAUUCCCAACCAGCAAGAAGUAGCUGACUCCUUUGUGUUCAGCUCUGCCCGUUUUUACGUGGCUGCCUUUGACUCGGACAAAAUCCCUGACCCAGCCCAACGUGGGCAGGAGCAGAAAUCAGACUACGACACCCUCAUGUGUGGCUUUCACAGCAUUAUAACACCUGUUUUCACAUGUGGUGGCAUUCUUACUGGAGAGUCUGGAUUUAUUGGCAGCGAAGGUUUUCCUGGAGUGUACCCUCCAAAUAGCAAAUGUACUUGGAAAAUCACAGUUCCAGAAGGAAAAGUAGUCGUUCUCAAUUUCCGAUUCAUAGACCUCGAGAGUGACAACUUGUGCCGCUAUGACUUUGUGGAUGUGUACAAUGGUCACGCCAACAGCCAGCGCAUUGGGCGCUUCUGCGGCACGUUCCGGCCUGGAGCCCUUGUGUCCAGUGGCAACAAGAUGAUGGUGCAGAUGAUUUCCGAUGCCAACACAGCUGGAAAUGGCUUCAUGGCCAUGUUCUCCGCUGCUGAACCAAACGAAAGAGGGGAUCAGUAUUGUGGAGGACGCCUUGAAAGACCUUCUGGGUCUUUUAAAACCCCCAACUGGCCAGACCGGGAUUACCCUGCAGGAGUCACUUGUGUGUGGCACAUUAUAGCCCCAAAGAAUCAGCUUAUAGAAUUAAAGUUUGAGAAGUUUGAUGUUGAGCGAGAUAAGCCAAUUGUGUCUGAGAGAAAUGAACUUCUUAUUCAGUUUUUAUCAGACUUAAGUUUAACUGCAGAUGGAUUUAUUGGCCACUACAACUUCAGGCCAAAAAAACUGCCAACAACUACAGCACCACCUGUCACCACCACGUUCCCUGUAACUACAGGUUUAAAACCCACCGUGCCCCUUUGUCAGCAAAAGUGCAGACGGACGGGAACUCCGGAGAGCAAUUAUUGUUCAAGUAACUUUGUAUUAGCUGGCACUGUAAUCACGACCAUCACCCGAGGUGGGAGUCUGCACGCCACAGUCUCGAUCAUCAACAUCUAUAAAGAAGGAAAUCUGGCGAUUCAGCAGGCCGGCAAGAACAUGAGUGCCAAGGUCGUGGUGGUCUGCAAGCAGUGCCCUCUCCUCCGCAGAGGUCUAAAUUACAUUAUUAUGGGCCAAGUGGGUGAAGAUGGGCGAGGCAAAAUUAUGCCAAACAGCUUUAUCAUGAUGUUCAAGACCAAGAAUCAGAAGCUUCUGAAUGCCUUAAAAAAUAAGCAAUGUUAACAGUGAACUAUGUCAAUUUAAGCUGCAUUCUGUCAUUGCUUUUAAAAGAUCUGUUUUCUCUCAGUAGGAAAAAACUUGUAAAAUUAAAUGUUGAGCAUUCUGAAAAGUUGGAUUAAUUUACUCUUCACGUGAUGUAGGUAUAAAAUCUCCCAUAUAGCCGAUGGAAUUUCUGUGCCUGCACUGACAGAAGCAGACAUCUGAUUGAAAACCUGCCAACUUAGCGCAAUGAUGGGAAACUAAAUGUGUCAAGUGUUGACAGCUUGGAAGCAGUUUAUUUAUACAUCUCUGUAAAAGGAUAUUUUAGAGUUGAGUUGUGUGAAGAUGUAAAAAAAAAGAUUUUAUAAGUGCAAUAUUUAUAGUGAUAUUUGUUUUACCUUCAAGCAUUUGCUCCAAGGUGUUACAUUCAUCUCUUCCUUUUUUUAAAAUCAAUGCUUAAUAAAAUAUUUUUAAAUGAUGA